UCAAUAGGUUUUCAUUGGCUAUUUGCCUUGCCUUGCAAGUCAAAACUAAAGCAGCCAUCAUGGCGAACCCAAGAAAAUUUAGUGAGAAGAUUGCGUUACACACUCAGAAGCAAGCAGAAGAAACAGCUGCCUUCGAACAGAUCAUGCGAGAAGUAUCGGAUGCAACUAGUAAAGUGCCUAAGCAGCAUCUUCUCAUUAACCAAUCUCUUGGCUCCUACCGAGGUGGGUCGCUGCCCAAUGUGAACCACAUAGGCAGUAACUCAGUAGAUUUGAAGAGCGCUUUAAGUAACUUGGAAGAAAUGAAAGCAGGACGGAGUGACAGCCCUAUGGUUUAUCGUGAACGGGUUGUUCGGAGUGUGGGAGUAGGUCCAAUGAGAUCAAGACCAAAUGAGAAACGGAUAGAUACUUCACCAUAUAGUAGUGGGGCAUAUUUAUCCCCUCCUCCAGACACCAGUUGGCGACGUGCAAACUCAGAUUCAGCUUUGCACCAGAGUGCCAUGAAUAUAGGAAGUGAAACUUCUUUACACAACUCAGGUUCACAGAGAAGAGUGACUGAUGGACAGUUAUUAGGAAUAGGGUUAGGUGACCUUGACCCCAGCAGAAAGCAGUUGAGUGCAUCUUCUGAUGGACGACCCAAGUCAUGCUGUGAGGUACCAAGGGUACCAGGAAUUAACAUCUAUCCAUCUCAACCGGAGCCUGGUACAGUGCAGAUUCCCAUCGGUAACAACACAGGCUCACUACCUGACCUCACCAGUUUCCACUUCCCACCACCUCUGCCUACACCUUUGGACCAGGAAGAUCCAAACAGUUCUCCAUACAGCACGAGUCCUCAGGCUGUUAGUCCAUCCACACUUUCUCCCACCAGUCUGUCUUCCCGACAAAUGGGUAGGUUCUCAUUUGGAGGCUCACCUCAAGACUCUCAAGGACCCAGUCCAGGACACUCACCUAGUACAAGGCGGAGACAGUAUCCACAGCACCUGCAGAACCUGGUCAUUGGUGGCCCUCAGAGCCCAACACAGCUCACACAAACAGCAAAUCAUCUUUCAGUGCCAUCUCUUAUGAACUCAAGGUAUCUUCAUACUUGCAAGGGUGUGACCCUGGAUAACAGUGGAAUUGACAACUUUCCACAGACCCAUCAUCCUCAUCAUCAUCAUCAUCAUCAACAGCAGCAACAACAGUCCUCUCCACCACAACAGCAGCAGCAGCAGAUACAGAGUCAUCAGUCAUCUCAACAACCUGUCCAGCAGACACAACAGCAGUCAUCUCCGACAACUGCAACCCAGCAGCAACAGCAGCAAACUCAGCCACCGCAGCAGCAGCAACCACAACAACAGCAACAGCAACAACAACAACAGUGCAGCCCAAGUUUGAUCUCAAGUUCGCAGAACAUGCAAACUCAUCACUUGAAUUCCUUGAGCACAUAUCGAAGUCCACAGCCCCUCUGUAGGCCUAGUCCUCAGACUUCCCCUGGCUUGAUAGUACAGGGUUCUCUUGUUUACCGAAGUGGAAGCCCUGGUGAUACAAGUCAUAGUGGCCCACAGAGUCCUGUUUCUCCAGCAAGUUCCCCAGGCAUAGGGCCCAGUACAAGUCCAUUCUCAGACCACACUAGCUACUUCAUUAGCCAGGCACAGGCAAACGCUCUUCAGCAGCAUUUCGAACAGUUCAGUAUGAUGGACAAUCCUGUGUCUACAAGCAUCAAUUACAUAGGUUCGCAAAAUAAUGCCACACACUAUUCACAGGCAGUUAGUCAAGGCAGUCCAGACGAUGGGUUGACUCAAGUUGGAACACAAGAUUUAUCUACAGAUCCAGGGUAUUACAGCCAGUCCCCAUCACAAUUGCAGUACAACCGUCCAGUGAGCUUCAAUCCCAGCGGAGGCAGCACACAGCAGACAACACCACAGACCCCUAACACUCCUUCCAGUAUUCCAGACAUCAUUCUGACAGACUUCUCUUCAAGUGCAGGAGACGAUCUUUCUCGGCAAGAGUUUGUCAAAGACUUGGGUUCAGCAAUGUCAGGCUCGUUUGACACAGAUCUCCUCCCUUCAGAUGAAAUGUUGAGGGAAGGUCUUGUCCCCAUUGACUUCGAUGGUCUGCAAAUGCUGACAGACCCAGACAUGAAUGUUAUAACGGACCCUGCAACAGAAGAUAAUUUCCGUUUAGAUAAGUUGUAGUAGCAACAUGACGGCCAGAGUGCCGAACCAAGUUGAGGUUUGCCCCAUGACCAGACCAACCAAGCCAAGAAGAGUGUUUGUGUGUCCAAGGUGAGUGACCAUUUCCGAUGUGUGCCAUUCAUAGUGUUUGUUGUCCGCGAGUCUGGAUGAACUAGACGAGCACCUGCUGCCAUGCCUAGAGUUAUGAACCCUUUGAGGUGAAGAGCUGCUCAUCGUGUAUUAUGGAGAAUACAGCAUGGAAAUAUAAAUCUUUCCUCCUCUUUUUGAUAUUAGCAUUCCUCUCCUUACACCAUCACCAACUUUCCCUGUAAUGCCAUAUGGCAGUAUAUUGAUGGCACAUAUUUUUGUGUACCUUCUGUGUAUACCAUGUUUUUCCCAGAAGUCCUGUUCUUUGUUUAAGCAUCAGAAUUACAAAAAACUUGUUGGGGUAUGUUUAACAUUUUCUGUGUAUGUACAACACAAGGAAUAUUUCUCCAGUUUCAAAUCACAAGGUGUGUUUACAUAAGUUCAUCAUAAUACAAAGAAUGUAGAUCAAGUUGCUGAUUGAUGUUCCUACUGAAGAGAGCUAUGCUUUUAUAGAAUGUGUGUUCUGAGUGUGCCAACCUAUGGUCAGUUUGCUUGAUGGGGCAUGUUUUUUUAAGUUUAUAUAUAUAUAUAUAUAUAUUGUCUUUACAGAAGUUUGCAUAAGGAAUUGAGUGACAGUAAAUUAAGUUAAAGCAUGUCAUCAGAAAGUACCUAAAUGCAAUGCAGUUCUUAAAACAUUCAUAAAUUGCAAAUCACUGGAAUAGAUCAAGUUCUAGAGGAAUAUUUGUUGAGGAACACCAUUUCAGUUUUGAAUAAUUUUACGUACUGCUACCCAGAUUUAACCAAACAUGAGACAAUAAUUGGCUUAAAUUGUAGUACCUUGUUUUGUCCUAAAAAUGGGGUUUCUUUGUUGAGAAGCAGUCACUGAGGAUGUACUUAGUUUAAUUGAAAUGUAAUCUUGUGAAAUGCUCAAAGUUAAAAGUGGUUUCAGAUAAACUGGCAUGUGGCAAUUUAUGUAAUGUAGAUAUGACAGGUUUGCAUAAUUGGAACAAAUUGCAGUUAAUUUGCUUAAAAUGCUUUCAUGACUGUUUUGUGACUAACAUCAGAUGGAGCAAAGAAUCUUACAAAAGCAGCAGUACUGUACUUACAGUUACACAUAUGCAGUAAAUUGUGACCAAUGAAAGUAUGCAUGAUAUAAUGAGUUAUAAGGAUUCUCUGAUUGGAGGAAGAAUGAAGUUGGUUAAGUGGAAAAGCAGAUUUAAAAAUGAGGACCUGCACUAGAGAUAAAAAUGAGUGCCAAAUAAUUAAUAAAUAUGGUGAUCAUCAUAAGCUAGGAUUGUAGAAUCAGUAAAGUGACUGACAAUGAUGUGGGCAGCUGGCAUUCAAUUUCUGGCAGAGGCAUGAAUUAUUAUUUUUUUAGCAUAUCCGGCUGGCUCUGAGGCUAACCAAUUCUCUUAUCCAAUGGGUACCAUGAGCUCUUUCCCCAAUGUUUAAGUGGCCAGAGCAUGAAACUGAUCACUCACCCCGUAGUACCAAGUUCUAGAAUGCAUGGAGCUUUUACAUCCAUGUCCACUGUACACCUUGUGGUGUUAUGUUUAGAUACAGGGUCAGUUUUACCUUUGUCAUUCACACACAGAAAAAUACAGUAAAUAACAGUUUAUAUGGUGCCUAAAGGCACUUCCUUUUGUAGAAAUAUUUUGACAGGUAUUGUCCUUGUAUUGGAAAUUGGCAAUUAUAAGAAGUGUGGUGCCUCAUUCUAAACAAUAUUGUCAGCCCUACUCAGUUCCACAUGGUUUUUGUACUUCCCUGACUGGAAUACAUAGGUAUAUAAAUUCAUGAGAUACAAAAUUCUAUAUUGUGCUGUGGGUUCUGUUUAUGAAGCAUGUGAGGUAUCAGAAUAUAUUGUUUAAGUUAUAUUACCCUGGACCUAUGUUUUCUAUGUUAAAGGAAUAUCUUUAGAAGGCAGAACUGAUAGUUUGAUAAUGAUCUUCAUUCACCGAUUGACCGACCAACUGAUAGUUGCUUUGACUUAGCUCUGUCAUUGAAUAUUGCAUUUACAGUGACAAUCUUCAAGUUGCUGGCUUCCAUGUGUUUUCUUGCCAUGAAUGUCAUGUCAGAUGUUAAAAUGUGAGUUAGUAAACUGAUACAAAAUUGGGUGGAAAGUUUUAUGCAGAAAAUUGAACAGAAUGAAGUUGAUGAGCUGCCAUUAUUCAUAAUAUAGUAAUUGUUAGUAAUGUGAUAUUUAAUUGAAAUUAUCAACUUUGUUCCUAUUCCAACGGGGCAAAGUGGAAGAGGUGUACUGCAUGCAGUUAGAGUACACAUAACAGUGAAAUCCCUACUUAAUGAAUCUCUGGAAAAAUUCACUAUGAAGAUGUCUAUCUUCUGGGUUGCAGUGGCACAUGAUCAGGUGGAUCAUUACCAGUGUUUCAGAGGAACCUGUCACCUUCAUCCUCAAGAGGUAACAGGUUCCUCUAGAAUGUUAAUAAUGAUCUACCACAUUACACAGUGUCACAUCCCAGAAUACAGUCAUCUUCAAAGUCACUACUGUGAGAACCUCAAACUUCACAAUUCUCACACUAAAUUUAAGUUUAAGCUGAAUGAUAAUUUUGCAAAAUUGCAUCAAGAAAGCCCUAAUCUUUUUAUAAGACUUGCUGGUGUAAUUAUGACAAAAUAAUUUUUACAUAAGUAGUUAAAGUCACAUGAAUUCCUGAAAUAGUUAUUGACAUAUGAAAUAAAUAGUGAAAGAACCUCAGUCAAGAAUCCAAGUGACUGUGAUGUCAGAAAUGGCAUGGUUUCAGUGAAUGUUUGAUGUUUGACAUCACGUGCUAGGUAUUAUGGUUUGUGCAGUAACUAUUCAAGCUCAGCACUACCGUGUUUCAUCCAAUCAGAGCUUUACUUCUAACUCAAUGCCCAUGGUGAGAUGAACACCCCCCCCCAGACUUUAAAUUAACCUUGAAGAUGAGAAUGGCAGUGUUUUCUGAAACAUUUGAAAACCUGUAACAUUCCAUGUUGUGUAUUUCCAAAAGCUGAAGUCAUACAUAAAUAUCAGUUAUUUCAACCACCGCCACUGCCAGUCAAGGUAUGAGUUUUGGGAGGUUGAAAAUUUGUCAGGUACACUGAAUGUGGUUUAUUAACUAUAUCAGAAUUCACUAAAUAUGGGAUUUCACUGAAUGCAGGAACUCUGAAUUGUCAUUUCACAUAUUUUAAAAAUACAUUCUGUACAAAUUUAAAUACCUAAUUAAGACUAAUGGUAUAACUCUUAAUACUGACAAAGCUGAUCAUCCUUGCUUAGAGGCAUAAAUUAUUUUUCCUUCUACUUCUAUACAUGUACACCAUAUCAAAGAACAUAUUGUAUUUAAAAUUCAAGUUGUAAACCUUAAUGACACCUGUGUUUGUCUUAUUCCAUGUUUUAUACAGUGAAUAAUAUUUGAGAACUCAGGUAAAGCUUAAUUCUAGCUACUUGUAAAGUAGUGAUUGUUGUGAAUUGAUUACAGAUCAAAAUGAAAUUUGCAUGGCAGCACCCCCAAUACCAAACUUCACUAUAAUCUGUAUAGCAGUACUGGAGACGAAACAUGUGGACAGAUGUGUGGACAUGACUCCCUCAUUCUUCACUCAUUUUAUUCAUCUCAUGUGAAGAAUGCACAGAAACUUUCUCAGAUAUUUAGGUUAUUACAUACUUUACAUAAUAUUAAAUUUGAAGUGAUUAUUUAACCAUUUUGAAGCCUAAAAUUGUUUAAACAGUAUUUACAAAUUCUGUUCCUGCCUUACAGAAGCGCAAUGCCUACAUUACAAACAUCACCUGGCUAAUGCUGUUUAGGGAGAUAAUUACUGUUUAUUCUAUGAAUCACAUGACACUCAAAUAUGCUCUGUGGGGAAGGAUCAGAAUUUUUUAAUGUUAAAGCAGGUGAUACAUAUACUUCCCAUUGUACAUUAAAUGGUUAAUACAGGUAUAAACAAUGAAAAAAGCAGUCUUCUGGGAUUUGGCACUGUGUAUAUGUGGUG